GACGUCUCGUAUUCUGGUGGAAUACUUCCAAGCCCUUUCUCCCCUAGCUGAGGCAUGCAUCCAGCACAUCCCCCAUAAGCACUCCCAAGCAAUGUCACAAAAGACAAAAAGGACACCACUGGGCUUAAUUUUCAAAAAUGAGAAUGUCAACGAGGAUAUGGUGGAAAUUUUGAAACAAUUCCACUCAUACCUCCCCCAGACUGAUGAUCAGGGUGUUGAUGGGCAAUUCUUCUCAGGAGACCAGUUAACUGUUGAGAGAGCAGUAAAUGUUAUUGCAUCAGUAGCCAAUGGCUUCACUUCAAAGGACAGGCUGGAAGGCAUAAAUAUGCAACUGGGAGACUGGCAUGCAGCUGUAAAAUUGUUAAGUGUGAGUACAGUAUUAUUUACAUACCAGUUUAAUGACAUGGAAUUUGUCAUAGCCUUUAAGCCUCAAUAGUGAACAACAUGCAAUUUUUCCUAAUUAUGUCAC